AUUGUACAUAAGGUUUAACUAAUUAUAACCUCCACCACCUUCAUUUCACCUACACCUCUUAAUCAGUUGACGACAAUUAACUAAGUACCACCAUGAAUAAUGAAAAGAAAUCGGAUGCCGAAGCUUCAAGUAACAGUGUAAACCUUAAAUAUCCUCGAUCGGUUUUCUUCAUCAUUGGAAAUGAAUUCUGUGAAAGAUUCUGUUUUUAUGGAAUGAAAGCCGUCCUGGUUUUAUAUUUUACCAAAGUUCUGAAACAGACUGAAGACUCAGCAACCCAAUCAUAUCAUGAAUUUAUUUUACUCUGUUACUUUACACCCUUAAUUGGUGCAAUAUUAGCUGAUUCUUAUUUAGGCAAAUUUAAAACCAUAUUAUAUUUAAGCUUACUCUAUGUAGCGGGUAAUAUUGCUUUAUCAGCCUCAUCUUACAUUGAAAAUAGUCUGCUGUCUAUUUUUUCAUUAGGGUUAAUUGCAUUUGGUACUGGAGGAAUCAAACCAUGUGUAAGUGCCUUUGGUGGGGACCAAUUUGUUGCCGGUCAAGAGGAUCAGUUGAACAAAUUUUUUGCCAUUUUUUACAUGUCCAUCAACAUGGGUAGUCUAUUUUCAACGUUCAUCACCCCAAUCCUACGAUCUGAUGUUUCCUGCUCAUCUCGAGGUGAUUGUUUUCCUCUGGCUUUCGGUGUACCAGCCGCUUUAAUGACCAUUGCACUGAUACUUUUCAUUGCCGGUAAACCCGCUUAUCGAAUUGUUGAAGUAGCAAAAGGAAAUGUUAUCUUCAAAUUUUUCCAAUGUAAUGCGUAUGCAUUUGGCCUUAAAUUCCAAUCACUAUUUACCUCAAAGAAGGGAUUGGAAAAACGAGAGCACUGGUUAGAUUACGCGGAAGAUAAAUACAGUCCGAAAUUGAUUAACGAGGUUAAAACUGUUAACCGGGUACUUUUCCUCUAUUUACCUUUACCUCUUUUCUGGGCACUAUUCGAUCAACAAGGAUCUCGAUGGACACUUCAAGCUCUCAAAAUGGAUGGUAUUCUAUUUGGAGAGACAGCACUUAAACCCGAUCAACUUCAGGUCAUCAAUCCAAUCUUAAUUGUGGCCAUGAUUCCCAUUUUUCAAUACAUCGUCUAUCCAAUAACCGAUAAACUUGGAAUCGUUAAAACCCCUUUACAACGAAUGGCAAUCGGAGGAAUAUUGGCCGGAGUAGCGUUUCUAUUGGCCGCUUUGCUUCAAAUAAGCAUUGAGUCUGAAGUACCUAAGUCAAUUUCAGUAGGUUUUGGAGCGAUUACAUUCAUCAACAGUUUACCAUGUGCAAUUACUCUGAUCUCAGUGAACCAAUCAAAUCCAAUGCGCUUCCCCCUGGAAUCAGGAUCUGCUUUCUUAGUACCUAAAUCUUUACCAGUCGGAUCAUAUAUAUUUAACGUUGAAACGAAUACCAAAGAUUCAGAGUGUCAGUUUAAUGAUAAUUCAACAAUCACUCUAAAACCAAUUGACUUUGUCAUCCAAAAUCGCGCUCGAGACGUUAUUCAAUUAAUUGCUAGAGAAAACGAUCAAGGUUACGCUCUUGAUGCAAUUGAAAUAACCCAUCAUCUAAUCAAACCCGAUCAAGGAGAUUCAGCAAUUCAAGUCGCUCACUAUUUGUCUAAUUCAGCAAAUGUUAAUGUUAACACCUCAAACAAUCAACAGUCAAUUGUCUUCUCGAAAUCAUCUCAAGGCUCUUCAAAAGAUCCUAAGAUAUAUUUAAAUACCUCAUUUGGCCUGUCUGAAUACGUUAAAGUCGAAACUUUCUCCGGUAUCGAAACAUACCAAGUUUUACCUAAAGGUUUUGAUAAUGGUUCGAUUUCUGGCCAUUCAAUUAAAGUUCGAAAUGGAGCAUUUUAUAUCUUGGUUGUUAUUCAAGAUCCAACUUCUGGUCAAAUUAAUUACAAGUUAAACAAAGUGGUUGAUGAAAAUCGUAUUAGCAUGUUAUGGCAAAUACCUCAAUAUUUUGUGAUUACUUGUGGUGAAGUAAUGUUUUCCGUAACAGGUCUUGAGUUUUCCUAUUCACAGGCUCCAAAUAGUAUGAAAAGUGUUGUCCAAGCAGCUUGGCUACUUACCGUUUCUUUUGGUAACUUUUUCGUUGCUCUAAUCACCAAGUACAUUAAAUUUGAAGCACAGUCUAUCGAAUUCUUCUUCUUUGCUGGUUUAAUGAUAUGUGAUAUGAUUAUAUUUGCCAUAAUGUCCUACCUGUAUACUUACUCUAACCAAGCAUUAGACGAUGGGCCAAGUAAAACUUCAACUGCAACUUCAAACGGAUCCAAUGGAUCUACACUGACCAAUGGUAAUGGUCACUCAAGUCAAGAAAAAUCAAAUGAACUUCAGGAUACCAAGCUUUAAAAUCAUUUUAUCUUAUACAUAUACAUAUAUAACUUAUAUACAGAGACUUUUAUGUUACUUUUAAAACGUUUUUUAGGGAAAAAAAUUUUCUUCCUGCAUCAUUAUUAUUAUUACUACUACUAUUAUAUAUACAUAUUAUUACUAUUAUUAUUAUUAUUAUCAUCUUCAUCGUCGUCGUCAUCGUCAUCACCGUCAUCGUCUUCAUCAUCAUUAUCAUCUUUGAUCAAAAUCUCUCUCUUUAUAUUUAGUCAUGUUUAUAAUAUAUAUCUUGUCCAUCAUCACAGUCCAUCACCCCCAUUGUAUUCAAGUCUCAGUCAAUGAAUACCUUGGAUGGGCCAUAGAGAAACUGAAUGAACAAAAAAAAAGAGUACAAGAUGAUUAUGGUGAUGAUGAUGAUGAUGAUGAUUAUGAAAAUUGUGAUGAUGAUGAUGAUCAAGUCAGAGAAAAAAAAAAGAUGAAGAAAAGAUGAAAAAAUAAAAGAGAGAAAACAAAACAAAAAUGAGAAUCUCUUUCUUUUUUUAAUAUAUAUCAAUUGUUAUCACUAGAGUUAAUCAGCUGGUGGUCAAGCACAAAUUGAAUAAAAAUGAUUAUAAUCAA